ACACUGCACGUAAAGCGUGGACUGAAAGUAACCUACCCCCCCCCCAAAAAAAGCUCUUACUCCACUCCGAUUAAAGAGUGACCGGUGCACGACGGAUAGCACGUUCUUCUCGCAGCUCGCCGGGAGCUGUAACGUGUGUAGAGAUUUGUUUUACUCCCAAUAGCAUUCACAAGAGUAACGUUAUUAGGAGGAGGGGUGAAAUCUUCGCUCCGCGACGAUGACUGCAGAGGAGCAGACGAGUGAAGGACAGCACGCCAUCCCGAUGGAGGGGGAGGACAUCACGCCGAAGAAGGACGGCGGCGUGUUAAAGCUGGUGAAAAGGGAAGGAACAGGCGCGGAUCUGCCCAUGACCGGCGACAAGGUCUUCGUGCAUUACGUGGGCACGCUUCUGGAUGGCUCUCCGUUUGACUCGAGCAGAGACCGGGGAGAGAAGUUCUCCUUUGAGUUGGGCAAAGGUCAAGUGAUAAAGGCAUGGGACAUCGGCGUAGCCUCCAUGAAAGUGGGGGAGCUGAGUCAACUCAUCUGUAAGCCUGAGUACGCUUAUGGAUCUGCAGGCAGUCCCCCCAAAAUACCCCCCCAUGCCACACUAGUUUUUGAGGUGGAACUGUAUGAAUUUCGAGGCGAGGACAUAACGGAGGAUGAGGACGGUGGGAUCGUCCGUCGCAUGAUCACUAAAGGGCAGGGAUAUUCCAAGCCUAAUGAAGGCGCUUCUGUUGACGUAACUGUUGUGGGUUCCUGCGAGGGACGAGUGUUUGAUGAGAGAGAGCUGAAGUUUGAGCUCGGCGAUGGCGAGGGCCUGGGCUUCCCGGUCGGCGUUGAGAAGGCGAUCAUGGCUAUGGAGCAGGAAGAGGAGGCCCUCUUCUAUAUGAAGCCCAAAUAUGGCUUUGGGAAUGAAGGCAGUGCCAAGUACAACAUUCCUGGCGGAGCAACACUCCAAUACAAAAUCAAGCUGACGGCUUUUGAGAAGGCUAAGGAAUCGUGGGAGAUGAACACUGCCGAGAAGCUGGAGCAGAGCCGCAUUGUCAAAGACAAGGGAACCCAGUAUUUUAAGGAGGGAAAGUACAAGCAGGCGUCGGUGCAGUACAAAAGGAUCGUGUCGUGGCUGGAACACGAAUCUGGGUUGUCCGAGGAAGACCAAGAGAAGGCAACCGCCUUGCAAUUGGCCGCACACCUGAAUUUGGCCAUGUGCUUCCUUAAACUACACGAGCCGAAUCAAGUCCUAGAAAAUUGUGACAAGGCUCUGGGGUUGCAAGCAUCUAAUGAGAAGGCUUUGUUCCGAAGGGGAGAGGCACUGUUUGGUAUGAAGGAGUACGACAGAGCGAGAGAUGACUUCCAGCAGGUGGUUCAACUCUAUCCUGCCAACAAGGCUGCCAAGAGUCAGGUGAGUCUCUGUCAGAAACGUAUCAAGGAGCAGCAUGAGAAGGACAAACGCAUCUAUGCCAACAUGUUCCAGAAGUUCGCAGAUAGGGAUUCAAAGAAAGAAGCAGACAAUGUGAAGAGCGAUGGCAAGACGAGCGGCGAUGACGGCAUGGAAGUUGAGAACGGAGAAAAGGAAGUUGCCAGUGACUCAAAGGCGUAGAUAGACACGACCAGACGGUUCAUCUGCUUCAGACUUUUGUAACUUCAGCUAUUUGUGUUUUUGUGCGUGUGUUUACGUGCGUGUGCGUGCGUGCGUGCGUACCAGCCCAUCAAUAGAUUGCACC